GUGCUUUAAGCAUUUCCAGUAUAUUAAAUUCAUGAAUUUAUUUUGAUGAGUUCAUAAAGAAAAUUCAUUCCAUGCAUGUAAAAGAUAAUGUCAAAAAUCCUAAAGAAACUAAGUUAUCUGGACUUCCCGGAGAACUCUCGACAAGCCCUGCAGUACGUAGCUUCAUGUUAUUCAGACGGCUCAACACACCAUCAUGGACUCUCUAUACCUGGUCUGGAGUCAGCCUCGGAAAACUGGGCUUAUGAAGUCUGUCACGAAUACAUCUACUUUAAUUCAUCUUCUCGGCGAGGAACACAGAAAUUGAACGCAGUGCAGGAGCUUCAGCUUCUAGAAAUGUUGAGCAGUUGUCUAAGUGAGGCCAAUGAGGGAUCGAGAUACAGUAUAUUUAAUGCCAUUUUUGGAGGUUCCCCUGAGGCGUACAAAAUUAUUCUACUGACCAAACUGGUGUCCAUGGCCUUAUCAGUCAGUGUGAGUUCUGUGUUGGAUUGCGCUGCUUUGUGGAUGCAGGAGCAUGGAUGCCACAGUAAGGCUGCCUGUGACCUUUCCCACAGCCUGGUGGAGGACUACUGCAUUCUGUUCCCUGAGGUCAGCAAGACGUUCCAAAACCUCCCUAAAAUCUCCCCCCUCUUCACCUGUAACUUCAUCACAGCUGUGGCCACCAUCUACCCGUUUGACGGGAACGCUUUCCAGAAGCCUCCCCCCUUGUCGCUACUCCGGUACAUCACUGAGUGGGUCUCCUCUGAUCCCUGCCUGUGUUCAGAGUCCGUCCGUUUGUCACGUAUACAGGCGAACUUCUCCUGCCCCUUUAUGGGCCUCGUUCAGUGGUGCAUUCUGGGACACUUAUACACACAAUGUCAGGUGACCAAUGAAUCAGAAAAGACUGAAGUUCUGGGACUGCUCUCUAAGCUCCAUUUUGGAAUUCUUCAGAGUCUGUUAGCUUAUAAAAGCCUGGAACUGAACCAGGCUCUCUUCUAUAUGCCCCAUAUUGUGUCCCUGUCCCAGGCUUUAAUGCAGCUCAAUAAAGGAUGCAGGAAUGAAGAAACUCUGCAUCUGUUGAUUGAAAAGAUUGGACAAGUUAUUCAGGUUGCCAUGGUGACAGGAAGUCUGAAAGAAGAAAAAGGCUUUUUUGGUCUUAAACAAAUUUGCAGCAUAUUACCACAGAAUAGAUUACUGGAAAUAAUUCAAAGGCAUCAUCUUCCCCAGAGCAUGGAGACAUCUUAGUGAGGACAGACGUCGUAUCUUUGUGGGGAAAGACAACAUGUCAUGUCAGGAACAGUCAGCAUGGAAGUGAGGAAAGACAACAUAACAUAGUGAGGAAAGACAACUUAACA